AGUUUACAAGUCAGCGAAAGCAACCUACUUCCGGUCUCCUGUGCCCGGCUUCCUGUCACAACAAGCACAUGUGGGGACUCCGUGAAAGUUGACUUCCGCAUGCACAGACGAGGACCAAAAGUGGUUUAUUUGGAACUAAUUGUGUUUUUUUGGAGACGCUUAACGGGGAUUGUUGUAUAAACGAGUGAGCGCACUAUGAGUUUCGUGGACUACUCUGACGUCAUCCAGGACGGCGACGUCGCCGUGGUGUACCUGGGCCACGACUCCAUGACGCACAUCAAGGUGCGGCACGGGGCCCAGACGCAGACGCGCUACGGCGCCAUUCGCCACUCGGCAGACCUGAUAGGCCAGCGCUACGGGUCGAAGGUCACGUGCACCAAAGGCGGCUGGGUGUACGUGCUCCACCCCACGCCCGAGCUGUGGACCGUCACGCUGCCGCACCGCACGCAGAUCCUCUACACCACCGACAUCGCCGCCAUCACCAUGUUGCUGGAGCUCAAGCCCGGCUCGGUCGUGUGUGAGUCAGGCACGGGCAGCGGCUCGCUCUCCCACGCCAUCCUGCGCACGGUGGCGCCGACGGGCCACCUGCAUACGGUGGAGUUCCACCAGCAGCGCGCCGAGACGGCGGCCGAGGAGUUCCGGGAGCACCGCGUGGACCACCUGGUGACCGUGCGCAACCAGGACGUGUGCAAAGAGGGCUUUGGCGUGACGGGCGUGGCCGACGCCGUCUUCCUGGACAUCCCCAGCCCCUGGGAGGCGGUGGGCCACGCCAAGGCGGCCAUGAAGAGGCACGGUGGCCGCGUGUGCUCCUUCUCGCCGUGCAUCGAGCAGGUCCAGAAGACGUGCCAGGCGCUGGCGGAGCACGGCUUCCAGGAGGUCACCACCGUGGAGGUGCUGCUGAGAAGCCACGACGUGCGCAGCGUCUCCCUGCCGCUGCCAGACUUCGGCCAGGACUCCCCCGCCCGGGAGAAGGAGGCCCCUCCCCGUCAGGCCGCCGUGGGGCUGAAGACCACCACGCUGCCCAGAGAGAUCCCCGGUCACACAGGGUACCUCACCUUCGCCACCAAACCUAGAACCUAGAGCCUUAUUUUUUUACUUUGUUGCUUGCAUCAAGCAAACAUCCAAUUAGGUGAUUUUUGAGUUUUAUGAAUGAAGAAGUUUAGUGUUGACCUAAAAAUCAAUAAAGUAAUCAAAGUUCACCAUC